AUGGCAAUUGGUGUCGUAUUUAUGAUGAUCGGUGUGGUUGCCUCCAUGUCCGGCGCUUUUCUGGCCAUACUAUCGGCAAUACUAUCAAUAUUUAGGCGACAAAUUAUAGUGGCCUUCAAUGAACCGCAGCAGCAGCCGCCGCAUAGCGACUAUUUGACCGACAGUAAUGGCCAGUCAAUUGAAUCGACCAGUGCUGGCGGUAGUGGUGGCGGUAGUGGUGGUGGUAAUGGUGUUCCCGAAAUUGUUAUCGUAGGUACCAAUUAUUGUGAACAUUUUGAUGGCGAUGAUGAUGGCGAUGAUGAUGAUGAUCAUCAUAUAAUGUCCAUCAAUAGUGGCUGCAAUCCAGUCUAUUGGUCUAACUUUCCCGAAGCCCAGAAUCCUAAAUCCUAUCUGAGCUCGUUUGGCGAUUUACCGAAAAUGAUACCAUCGCCUGAGCCGCCGUCAAUUGGUGGCCACAAUUCAAAACAGGACGCCGGCGACGCCGAUGACAACUACAAAACCGGUGGCCGACGGAGUAGUCAUCGCCGUAAACAAAAACAUAAACGAAAAGAUAGUAAACUAUUGAAAAAAUUUAAGACUAAACGUUUCGGCGGCGGCGGCGGCGGCAGUGGUGGUGGUGGUCAUCAUCGGCGACGGAUGACAAUAUCGCGUACCGAACUGACCGGCGAUUACAGCGAUGACGACGACGACAACAACAAUAUCAAUACAAUGUCAUCGCUGUCUUCGGAGUCGUCGUCAUCAUCAACGACAUCGACACCGACACCGGUAGCUAAGUCGACAUCAAAUAGACUAAGAGCUCAGCCAACAAUGGGAACCGUUAGCUCAAUGGCAGUGUCGACAAACAUAGUAACCAUCGAGAACUGUCAUCUCAGUAAUAAUGAUGACGAUCUUGAUGUCGAUGUCAACGAUGAUAUGGUUGACAAUAAUAACUUGAAAACUACUACAACUACUACUACUACUAACAACACUACCACCAAAACUACUACCGGUGCCGCUGAUGGUCAAAGAGAUAACAGUUCAACUGAUAACAACAUUAUCGUUAUUAUAGAUGAUGUUAACACUACUACCACUACCAGUGAUGAUGAUUAUGAUAAUCAUAGACAGUCUACCAAAAAACAGACAACCCGUGAACCUCCUCAACCCCAACAGCAACAAAGUUUUUCAGCUACCGGUGCCGCCGCUAUAUUAAUGGCCAGUAAUGAUAAUAAUAAUAAUAAUACUAUGGAUCAACUAACUAGUGAUAAUACAAAUAAUAAUAAUAAUAAUAAUGAUUUUAGUAAUCUAUGGGUUAAUAUUAGAAAUGGUAAAUAA